AUGUCUAAAGCUUAUGACAGGGUGGAAUGGAGGUUCCUGGAAGUUGUAAUGCGGAAAAUGGGGUUCAAUGACAAAUGGAGAAGCUGGAUCAUGGAGUGCAUUUCUACUGCUUCUUACUCGUUCCUGGUUAAUGGCGAAGUCAAGAAGUAUGUGGUGCCACAAAGGGGCAUUAGGCAGGAUGACUCUUUGAUAUUUUGUAAAACUGAUUCCCAGAAUGCAGCAGAGCUCAAAAGGUUACUUAACGUAUAUGAAAGAGGAACAUGCCAGCUGAUUAACCUGGAAAAAUCCUCAGUCAUAUUCAGCAACAAUAUGCAGCAGCAAAGGAAGGUGGAAGUCAGCCAAGCUCUAGGAAAUAUCCAUGUUGUAAGCCAAGGAAAAUACUUGGGUCUCCCAAUGGUGGUAACAAGAUCUAAACAGCAGCUGUUCGGAUACAUUAAAUCCAGUAUUCAACAGAGACUAAAAAAGUGA